AUAGGCUUUAUUUCGUUGAAAUACUCUUUUAUCGUCUCUACUUAAAACGUGUAAAUAUAAAGAUGGACGUAAACUUACCAAAAGUUGAAUACGAUUUACAAGCUCAUAGCGAAUUAAGAUUUGAAGUAGAGGUAAACGAACCUAUACAGCUUGAACUUCUUGAAGGAACAGCGGAAAUUUAUGGUAGCGAAUUAGUUAAGGGAUGUGUUUAUAAAUUCUAUCGAGGGAGAAAAGUUGCUGUUUUCACAGCCAAAGAAACACCAAUGGUUCUAUAUGUAAAUGUACAUGCCGGCUUAGAGCAAAUGAGAGAUCAGGCAGCGGAGCAAAAGUCCAGAGGACCAAGAAUUAUGCUCGCUGGACCAACUGAUGUUGGCAAAAGUACAAUAUGUAAAAUGUUGGUAAGUUGGGCAGCAAGACUAAAAAGAACUCCAAUCCUUGUAGAUUUAGACGUUGGUCAACCCGAUUUAAGUAUACCUGGAACAAUUGGAGCUAGUGUUAUUGAAACUCCUGUAGACAUUGAAGAAGGCUAUAAUCUUAGCGGUCCCUUAAUUUUUCAUUUUGGUCAUAUUACGCCACAAAACAAUAUUGAUCUAUAUAAAGUACUAAUUAGUCGUUUAGCUGAAGCAGUAUCAAUGAGAGCGCAGAAUAUAGAACAAACAAAUUAUAGUGGUGUUGUUAUAAAUACGUGCGGCUGGGUACGUGAUGGAGGCUAUCGUUCAAUAGUUCAUGCUGCAGGAGCUUUCGAGGUUGACGUUGUUGUUGUUUUGGAUCAAGAAAGAUUAUACAGCGAAUUAUUAAGAGAUAUGCCUGAAUUUGUAAAAGUUAUAAUGCUACAGAAAAGUGGAGGAGUUGUUGAGAGAACAAGAACUGUAAGAGAGACAACUCGUGAUAAAAAAAUCUAUGAAUAUUUUUAUGGAACUCGUGAACAAGCUCUAUACCCACAUACAUUUGAGGUUCAAUGGAGUUCUGUAAAAUUCUUUAAAAUUGGUGGGCCGGAUCUUCCAGAAUCUAUGCUGCCUGUUGGAAUAACAUUAGCCGAUAAUAAAACGAAAGUUGUUUCUGUAACGCCGAGUCGAAAUCUUAUGUAUCACGUUUGUAGUGUAUCUACUGCAAAUACUGAAAAAGAAAUUAUUCAAUCAAAUGCUGCAGGAUUUGUUGUAAUAACUCAAAUCGAUAUCAAUAAAGAAAGUGUUACUCUGCUAUCACCUUCUCCAGGACCCCUUCCCUUCCCUUACUUACUAGUGAUGGAGGAUGUUAAAUAUAAUGAUGAACUUCGUUCUGCUAUUUAUAAAAAAUAA